AUGAUUGCCCCGAUCCAAGCGGUCACUAUCAACCAGAGUCUGCUGACCCCCCUGAGUCUGGAUAUCGACCCUAACAUCCAGGCUGUCCGCACACAGGAAAAGGAGCAGAUCAAGACCCUCAACAACCGAUUUGCUUCCUUCAUUGACAAGGUCCGAUUCCUGGAGCAGCAGAACAAGAUGUUGGAGACCAAAUGGAGCCUCCUGCAGGAACAGACCACCACCCGCUCCAACAUUGACGCCAUGUUUGAAGCGUAUAUCGCCAACCUGCGCAGGCAACUCGAUGGGCUGGGUAACGAGAAAGUCAAGCUGGAGGGAGAACUGAAGAACAUGCAGCUCCAGGUGGAGGACUUCAAGAGAAAGUAUGAAGAUGAAAUCAACAAACGGACAGCUGCAGAGAAUGAGUUUGUGGUCUUGAAGAAGGAUGUUGACAGUGCCUACAUGAACAAGGUGGAGCUGGAGGCCAAAUGCGAUGCUCUUCAGGAUGAAAUCAACUUCCUCAGAGCUGUCUAUGAGGCUGAACUUCGGGAGCUGCAGUCCCAGAUCAAGGACACCUCUGUCAUUGUGGAGAUGGACAACAGCCGUAACCUUGAUAUGGACGCAAUUGUGGCUGAAGUCAAGGCUCAGUAUGAGGACAUCGCCAACCGCAGCAAGGCUGAGGCGGAAAACUGGUACAAACAGAAGUAUGAGGAGAUGCAGAACUCUGCUGGACAGUACGGCGAUGACCUUCGCUCAACCAAGGCUGAAAUUGCCGAGCUGAACCGCAUGAUCGCCCGUCUCCAGAAUGAAAUUGAGGCAGUGAAGGCACAGAGGGCUUCCCUUGAGGCCCAGAUCGCAGAAGCUGAAGAGCGCGGUGAGUUGGCAGUGAAGGACGCCAAGCUCCGCAUCAAGGAUCUGGAGGAAGCCCUUCAGAGAGCCAAGCAAGACAUGGCCCGCCAGGUGCGCGAAUACCAGGAGCUGAUGAACGUCAAGAUGGCCCUGGACAUUGAAAUCGCUACCUACAGGAAGCUGCUGGAAGGAGAGGAGUACAGGUAG